CGGGGAUGGACACACGGGAUAACAUGCCGGGGAUGGACACGUAGGAUAACAUGCUGGGGAUGGACACAUAGGAGAACAUGCCGGGGAUGGACACGUAGGAGAACAUGCCGGGGAUGGACACGUAGGAGAACAUGCCGGGGAUGGACACGUAGGAGAACAUGCCGGGGAUGGACACGUAGGAGAACAUGCCGGGGAUGGACACGUAGGAGAACAUGCCGGGGAUGGACACGUAGGAGAACAUGCCGGGGAUGGACACACGGGAUAACAUGCCGGGGAUGGACACACGGGAUAACAUGCCGGGGAUGGACACACGGGAUAACAUGCCGGGGAUGGACACACGGGAUAACAUGCCAGGGAUGG